AUGUGCUACUUUCAUGCAAUCGGGACGCUCUCAUCUGUUGACAAACUGUGCGGCGGCUGGAUGUCCCUGAGAAAGACGGAGGCACCGAAGCGACCCGGAGAAACUGACGCUCGUCACGUGUUGUUUUCUUCCCCGAGUCCAUCGCCGCACAUCCUCAGACGGCGAAUCACGGCAUCCUGAGCCGUGUGAGCGCGCUCCGAGUCCGGCGGUGCCUGGGAUUGGGUGGAGGGAGGGAGUGGUGGCGGAGGAAGGAGUCACGGGAUUGGUAGAGUUCAGCGCCAAACUUGUUGACUCAUAACUGAGCUGCUCCUCUCCGUCCAUCUCGACGCGGAGCUGUCCGGGGCCAGUGGUGCUGAAACUGUCAAGCUAUCCGACGCCGCCUCCAGGGCUGAUAGAGCAUACCUCUGAUUCCAGGUUCAAGCAUUUACCAAAGUUACGCUCAUUUUUUUUUCUUUUGUAUCCCCUUUUUGUAUCCCCUCAAGACGUCUGAUUUGAACGCCAAUUUGGAAGAAAUCUCUCCACAACCCCGCCGCUCUCUCCAGGAGCGCACCGAGUCUGUAACGUCAGCCGCUCAAACCGAGGACUCUCCGGACCGCAGCCAUGGCUUUCAUGGUGAAACACGUGGUGGGAGGGCAGCUGAAGAACCUGACAGGCGGCCUCACGGAGGAGAAAUCCGAGGGAGAGAAAACAGAAGCCGCCGCGCAGGGAAUGACUCAAGAGGAAUUUGAACAAUAUCAGCAACAGUUAGAGGAGGAAAAACAAGAACGAGAAGCUAAUUUUGCCCAGAAGAAAGCAGAGAGGGCAACAGUCAGAACCCAUUUUCGGGAAAAGUACAGACUACCAAAGAAUGAGCUCGACGAGACACAGAUCCAGCAGGCAGGGGACGAUGUGGUGCUGCCCACAGAGCUGGCCAAGAUGAUCGCUGAGGACAACCAGGAGGAGGCGCACAAGCAGUCCAUGCUGGGCCAGCUGUCCAACAUCCAGAACGUGGACAUCGACCAGCUGAAGGACAAAGCCCAGGCCACUCUGGAAGACCUCAAGAAGCAGACGGAAAACUGCAAUCUCAUGUGAAGUGGGCCUGACCUGUUCCAGAAAACAGAGUUUCACUUGUGCAGAUAUUUAUCAGAGGCAGAGCUUCUCCAGGUGUAGACAUUUUCUCAUUGCUCUGGUUGAAUGUCAGUUAGCAGAGUUGCAUAAUUAUAGUUUUGUGGGGAUCAAAAUCAGACUGGAGCCUGUGAGAUCUUUGGCUUACCUUCUAACCAGUUAAAACCAUUUUGAGUCUUAAUUAUCCUGAAUGUUGUUCAUGUUUUUACAAAAUAGAAAAAGUAAGAAAAUGAGCCAAUUUGCACUCUGAUAAAACUGAAACCAGUGAGAUCAUUUCUGCAGGUUUGAGCAAGUGCUCCUCUUGGUAAAUUUGUACAGUGCACCAGAUCCUUCAUUCCCUGUAUCCCCGUUCCCCUUCGCUCUCUGUACCUGGCCAGUGACAAAACCAUGCAGUUCUGCAGCAGAGGUCGAAGCAGUGUGGAUGUGUGUGUUUUUUCCUCAGCAGAGGAAUUUUAUUGGCUAAGGCGUGCAUCUCCAAUAACGUCAGGACCGCUGGAGUCAGCUGCUUGGUUGGAACAAGAACACACAUGCACAAGCUUAACACUCAGGGCCGGCCUAAGUUAGAACUGGACUCUAAACAAAAUUUGAUUUAGAAGACCUUCACCCACCCACCAGAGUUUCUACAACCACAUUUAGUUUGCACACCAGCUCAUGUUAAUUAUACCAACAAAAUCUGACAAUUUAAUGGGCAACAACUGUUUAGGACAACUAAGAGGUUAAUCUUCCAUGACAUUUGUUUUUGCUGUUGUUUCUGCAGCAUAUCUUGUGAGCCUUGUUGGUCAAGGCGGAAGCUCCAAGAUAAAUGCAUCGCUUUCUGAGCGGUUAAUUUAUUAAAUCAUUUUUCUCUUUAUUUUUAGUUUUACUAAAACCUACAAAUAAUUACUCACUUGUUUAGGUGUGAAGACUUGCAGUGAUGAAUGCUUUAUAUGAACAUGUAACUGUGUGCAAAGUUAAUCCGGCUUUCAUACAAUACCAUUUCUAGCCACUAUAUAUAUACACAUAUAUAAAUUGUGUGUGGAUCUGUUUAUAUGCUGCUUUCUGAUGGCUGCUCAGAUUGGUAGAAAGGAAAUGCUUUCAGCCGUAUGCCAAAGCCUUUGUUGAUAACACUCUGACCAACGCAGAGGAAAUGGCACAGAUAUAUCAGAUUGUUUGCCUCUGGUGUGUGUAUAAAUCCAGCUGAGUCUACAUGCAGAUAUUUAUGUUCUAUGUAGAGUUCUGUGCUGUUUGGCUCCAGCAGGUUGAGUCUCACUAUUUCCAACAACGCGCUGAGUCUUGUAGUGUCGUCAUCCGUCCCAUGAUCCUCGCCUCGUCCUCCAUCUCAUCUGCCAUCUCAGUAUUCGCGUUUCGUGCUGGUGGAUGUUGUGUUGUUAAGAAGUGUGAUGUGCUAAACGGCGUCUUUGUGAAAGGAAAAAUAGCGAAUCCGUUCCUGUAGCUGGGAGUGCUUGUAACAUAACAGAGCACACAGUCAGUCAGUGUGGGCUUAAAGUGGCGUCCUGCCUGUGAUGUAAGGAGGGGAUUCAGUGAUGCAUUAAUGUAAAAUACAUUUUAUUUUAUGUGUCCAAAUUUUUGACUUUUGUUCCAACUUCUGUAUGGCAGGAUUUUUGUGUUUUAUGUAAAAGAAGCUUACUGUUGUGUGAUUUCCCAAAAUUAAACGGAAAUUUUAUUUUAUUACGUGCCACGCUGCUAUUGAAUGAAGGUUGAGGCAAUGCGUUUUGAGUGCAGUGCUUAAUUUCUUGUGAUAGAGGAUAUGACAUUCGUAACAUAUAAAUAACAUAGGAGAAAAGUUGCAAUAACUUAUUUUUAAACAAAGCUACUAGAAUCUGCCAUUAUCGAUCAGAACAUGGUAUCAGUAGUUGGAAGCCAAGCCAUAAAUUACAAGCUAUUUGUUUUAUAUAGGUGUGAAACUUGAAAUUAAUAACUCAAUAAUCCUAAUACACAAGUGUAAAUUCUGUGCUGUUAUCCUGUGAAUCUAAUUUUUAAUGAAAAGGCUGCAAUGGCAGUCUCUUCUUGAUCUUUGGCUGUUUCACUGUAUGUCUGUAACUGUGAGAGUUCUUGUGUGAUGUUCCUUUUUGAGUUUUAACUGCAAUAAACACAUUUUUAUGA